AUGUACGUAAGCACCUUUAUACCUAAAGAAGCUAUUGAAGUCAUUUCUCAGAGUAUUGGAAUUGCCAAUUUUUCUCCCGAUGUUGCCCUCGUUUUCGCUCCCGACGUUGAGUAUCGCAUGCGCGAAAUUAUGCAGGAGGCGGUUAAAUGUAUGCGGCACGCACGUAGAACAGUUUUGAGAGCUGAGGAUGUUGAUCGUGCACUUAAGUUAAGAAAUGUGGAGGCAAUAAAUGGAUUUGGUUCGAGUGAUUCUUUGCGAUUCAAAAGGGCGGAUGGGCUUAAGGAUUUGUACUAUAUUGAUGACAAGGAUGUGGAUUUUAAGGAUGUGUUGGCAGCACCUUUACCAAAGGCACCUAUUGAAACAUCUGUUACUACUCACUGGCUAGCAAUUGAAGGUGUUCAGCUUGCUAUUCCAGAAAAUGCUCCAGUUGAAGCCCCUGCAGCAGUCUCUGAUGGCAAAAGAUCUGAUUACAGGGAAGAUGGGCUUUCCGCUGACAUUAAACGACCUGCUAAGCAUGUACUUUCUAGGGAGCUUCAGUUUUACUUUGACAAAAUAAAACAGCUUGCAGUGAAUAGAUCUAACUGUAUCCUCUUUAGACAAUCAUUAACAAGCCUGGCAACAAGCUCAGCAAUACAGCCGUUGGUUCCUUUUUUUACAUACUUCAUUGCUGAUGAGGUAGUCUCAAGGAUCUUCAGCUUUGUCUUUUCAGAACAUAUAUCAGAGAAUUGA